AAAGUGAAAAAGAAAAUCGACAGUUUCUUCUUCUUCUUCUUCUUCUUCUUCUUCUGUAUUUUCUGUUUUACUCUUGUUGCCCUAAAUCCUUUAUAUCUAGAUUCUGGAAUCCUGAGGAUUAAGGUUCGGUCUUGGCGAAGAGAUUACACAGUCAGUUCCAGGUAACGAGGGAGAAUUUCUGGAACCCUAGCUUAACCAUCAUGUGAGAUCGGAUCGAACAAGAAGAUGUUGUAGAAAUUAACAACUAAAGUGGAACCCUAGGAAGAACAAACCUUUGAUUGAAAGAGAUGAAUUUCCGAUGUGUCCAAUGUGGACAUCAUAUAAAAAGUCUAUAUGUGCAAUAUUCACCAGGAAAUAUCCGCCUCAUGAAAUGUCAAAAUUGCCGAGCAGUUGCAGACGAGUACAUUGAAUGUGAAAUCAUGAUUCUUUUAAUUGAUUUGAUUCUUCACAAGGCGAAGGCAUAUAGACAUCUGUUCUACAACAUGUUUGAUCCAAAAGCCAUGAACUUUGAGGGACUAAUGUGGAAAUUGACAUUUUGGUUUCUCAUCUUAGAUGCCUACAGAAUCUCGAUUUUACUUGCAAAUAGUGGAUAUUCAGCUUCGUAUCCAAGCUUAGCUUUGCUGAUCUGGGGAUGUGGAAAGAUAUUGCUGGACGCUUUUGUUGGAAACCUUUUGUUUAUUAGUAUUUUACUUCUUGGAACAAGAUCGUUAUUGAAUGCGUUCUCCGAAGUCUCCAGGUACAAAAACAUAUGGCUAGCGAUCCUUGCGUCAAGCUACUUAAAACUAUUCCUUAUAGCAAUGAUGGUGUGGGAGUUUCCUUCUUCGGUGAUUUUCAUAAUCGAUAUAUUUGUCUUGUCAUCGAACACGUUGGCUUUAAAUGUGAUAAGCGAGUCAGCGAUGAGUAAAUGCUUUGGUGUUUGCCUGUGUGCACACGCUGUCAAGUUUCUAGUGAGUUUAGCGCUAAACAUUCGCCUUGCCAACUUAAUCACGCUAUGAACCGGUACAGGAGAUAUAAUACAAUUGAUUAAUGUAUACUUUUCAAGCAUGUAUAAUAAUGUGUUUUCUUUAUAAUAAUUGAUGUAUUUUAUUUAUUUA